UCCGGCCUCUGGCAGUGGCCGCAGCCAUGCUGUACUCACUGUUCUUAGUGGCAUCACUGUCCCUGCUGGUGAUGCCUGUCCCUAGCCAUGCCUGGUCACGGCCCCUCUGGUACCAAGUGGGGCUGGACUUGCAGCCCUGGGGCUGUCAGCCAAACAGCCUGGAUAGCUGCAGGAGCAGCCUCGGCUGCCCUGGUUACUGGAUGGCCCUGGGAGGGAACCGCGUCUACCCCGUGGCUGGGAUCACAAUCACCACCACCAUGAUGCUGGUCGUCUCCCGUGUGAUGUUGUACCGGUGGCGUUGUCGGGUCGCCAAGGGUCAGCUCCCACAGGUGACCUCCAGCUCCUGCAAACACUGGAAACGACAGGCAGUGGUCUCAGACCGCACCCUGGUCCUUAGGGUCCUUCACAUGCUGGAUGCCAUCCUGGUCCACAUUGAGGGCCACCUGCAGCGCCUGGCUUCCCAGCAACAAAUGCAAAUAAAAGGGACUCCCACUCAGUCUGGGUGACCCAAUACAG